CCACAAAGAAUUUUUGCGAAUCUGUGUUUACACUUUACACACUCUGGUUUUGUCAAUGAGAGCACGGGAGCUGCACACGACUACAUAAGCCCUAGUAAGUGAAGCGGCAAAACCGGAAAAGUUAAAAACAUGAGGUUCCAAAAUUGAAAAGACGAGAGGGAAAAAGCAAUCCCCACUACGCACGAUCGGGCGGGAAUAAAAGGGUGGGAAGAAGACGAACCGAGUCUGCAAUGGCUACGACGGCGAUGAAUAAACCUAAAAUUGAACAAGGGGAAGAAGUAGAAGUAGAAGCAGAAGCGAGAACGUUCUCGACUCAAAUCCCAGAUGAUAGAGAAGCUCUUUUAGAGUUUAUGGACCAGCGUGCCAAAUCAAUCCAACGCCUUAAAGACCAAAUCUCAAGUUUGGAUAGGAAGCUUGCUGAAGAGAGAAAACUGAUGGCAGAUGCGGAGGCUAAAUUUUUACAAAUUGAUCGUGUUGGAAAUGGUAUCUUUUCUAAGUCAAAACCAAAAGCGCCUGGUAAAACUGGAAGUAUACUUGGUAUAGCAGAGUUCUGGAACGAGGGAAAUAAGACGAAGACUGCCAAUGAAAACUCUACUCCACAAUCACCUAGUGAGAUGGAAUCCUUGAAAUUGCCAUCCAUUAUCUUACCGCCUUCUUUUAAACGAAGAGCUUCUGCUACCGUCAGAGCUGAAGUAAAUGAGACCACCCAAGCUCAACCCAUGGCUACAAGGGAUUAUAACAUUCCAAGGGAAGACACAUGUGGCCCCGAGGCCAAGAGACCUCGUAGUAUUCCUGAUGAAGUGGUAAGGGAAACCCAAGAUCGAGAUAAGGAAACUCAACCCAUGGCUACGAGGGGUUAUGAUGUUCCAAAAGAAGAUAAAAGUGGCCCUGAGGCCAGGAGAUUGCGGAGUAUUCCUGAUGAAGUGGUGAGGGAAUCCCAAGGUCGAGAUAACGCAGCUCAGCCCAUGGCUACAAGGGAUUCUAAUGUCCCAAAGGAAGACAAAAGUGGUCUUGACAAGAGAUCUCGUAGUAUUCCUAAUGAAGUUGCUCAAGCUCCAGAUAACCACACUAAUAAGGAUUUGGCAAAGCCAAGGAUCAGAGUUUCUUCUAACAUUUCUCAACAAGGACAACAGGAAAAAUCUGAAUUCCGAGGACAUGAUGAGUUGAUAGCACUUAUAGGUAGAAGCUCUUUGCGUCCCACAAUUGAAGGCCGUACUGCCGGCAUGCUACCAAGUUGCCACACGAAAAGAAUGAGAAGUCUUGCUCUUUCUCCUUCCAACCGUGAGCUAUUUGCUACAAGUGCAUUGGAUGGGGCUGUUCAUUUCUGGAAGCUUCAGUCUGAUAGGUCCACCGCUACUUUGUUUAAGACGGUUAAUCGGGUAGCAGUAGAUCAGAAGAAAUGGGCAGAAGAUAUAGCUUGGCAUCCACAUAAGAAUGCACUUUUCUCCGUGUAUACUGCAGAUGAUGGUCACCCUCAGAUAUCAGCCAUAUAUCUGAAUGAAGCUGGAGAGAGAUGUGAGUCGCAAUUUAUGGAGGACAGGCCUCAUAGCAAAGGUCUUAUCAACAGAAUCAUGUUUACGCCUUGGGAUGAUCCUUGCUUCAUCACAGGUGGGAGUGACCAUGCAGUAGUGUUAUGGCGGGAUCAGUGUGAGAAUAAUGCGUGGAAGCCGACGCUUCUGCAUAGGGACUUGCAUUCGUCGGCUGUGAUGGGAGUUACUGGAAUGCGCCAUAACAAUCACGUCUUGUCAUGUGGAGACGAUAGGAGAUUUGUUGGGUUUGAUGCCCGAGAAGAAAAAGUCACAUUUAAACAUAGACUAGACAACAGAUGCACAAAUAUAAUGCCAAACCCGCGAGAUGUUAAUCUUGUCAUGGUUAACACGAGGCAGCUAGACCGGCAACUGCGGUUGUAUGAUGUUAGAUUGCCUCAGACAGAACUAUUUUCUUUUGGGUGGAAGCAAGAAAGCAGUGAAUCGCAGUCGGCUCUAAUUAAUCAGUCUUGGUCUCCAGAUGGUUUACACAUCUCAUCUGGUUCUGCAGACCCCGUGAUCCACAUCUUUGAUAUCCGAUACAAUGCACCGAGCCCGUCUCUCUCGAUGAAAGCUCAUAAGAAAAGAGUGUUCAAAGCCGAGUGGCACUCUUCUUAUCCGCUGCUCGUCUCCAUCUCAUCAGAUUUAGCAAUUGGGAUUCACAAGCUAUGGUGAAAACUUGUAAAGCCAUCACCUGAAUUUGAAGGCCAUUAACUUCUGAAACAGAACUUGUCUUGGCAAGUUGGCACAAGGUGUUGAUUGGCAAGUAAGAACUGAGUACAGCACGCAGGCUGGAUACGAAAACUGUCUUGGGAGUUGCAUAGGUCAGUCCAGGGUCUGAUGGCUCUUGUCUUUUGAUUUUUUUUUUUAACUGUGGGAAACUCUAGCUUUUUAGCUGUCACAUUUUGCGGGGAUUACAACAUUACAAUGUACAGUAUACAUUUUUGAGGGCCAACUCAUUGGAGCCAAAUGUCCUCAGAUUUUCUGUCUGCUAUAAUCCUCAACCAUAGUUAGCAUGACAAAGAGUUGCAACAUCUAUAUCGAUUGGUCACAAAAAAACUUUUGUAUGAUUGCAUAAAGAUUCCG